UUCAAAGGCAAUUGUAACACAACUGAAAUUGCUUCAGCCAAUGUACAACAAUUAACUUCAAAUUGAAGGAUGAAUAUACUGACAUCAGAUCCGAUGAUAAAAGAAAAUAAUAGCAAUGACAAUAAUUUUGAUUCAAACGAAUCUAUUGACUUCUCUCAUGAUAAUGAUCAUCUUGCUGAUGCUAACACAGGUGCAGAAUUUGAUAGGGACCAACUCGCUGGAAGCAUAAAAGUUUGUCAAGACGUUGAUGUAACUGAAAAUGAGCGUCAAUGGCUUUCAAAUGACUCGAGAUACACCAUAAAAGACAGGUUUCUUUUGAGAUAUGUGUCUGCUGCCUGUAAUGCCGCGCCUACUAGUGACCUCAAUUUUCCAGACCACCUCUGAAAAGUUGCAUGUCAAUCACAGAUUUACGCUUUGAUUACCACCAGGAUAAAUUUGUUAGUUAGAUUUCCUUGUGGCAAAGGUGUUGAUGUCGGUAGUUUGUUUUUCACAGCUCACCAAGCAGCAACUGGUGCUUUUGCUAAAGCCAGACUGGUUCCUCAAUGCUCUUUUGAAUUUG